UGUCGUCGGGGCACUUAAAAGUAGAACCUGCACGAAUGCGCGCCGGUGCAAAAUCGAUUUUAACCACGGUAUGAGCUACUAAUAAACCACAAAACAUGAAUGAAAGUAAAAGUGAAACUAAGCUUAUGUUUGUAGUGCACCAUCGACAGGCUAGAGUCAGUUUGGUUUUUGUUGUGCCAUUAAGCAGUCUAGAUGUAAAUUGAUGGAUAGUUACAUAAUGUGAACUCAGAAAAGAUAAAAAGUUAAUAAAAUAAAUCGAAGAGUUUUUCUACAGUGAACGUGACAAAACAAUGAACAAUUUAAUUAAAUUCACAUCUCCAAUUAGGACAUCUUGGAGGCCGUAUAGUACCGGAAGUGAUAAUUUAACUAAGACGGCAAGAGUUGUUAUUGCUGGCGCCGGACUGUUAGGCAAUUCUGUUGCUUAUCACCUUACUGAGAAUGGGUGGACAAAUGUGGUAGUACUAGAUCAGAACGUAAUUGGCAGCGGCACGUCCGACUUUGGAUCUGGCACAAUAGGUUUGUUCAAACCAACACCGGAGCGGAACAUAAUAAAGGAGAGCCUAAAUUUGUACGAAAGUCUACAAAACGCCGGUCAUCAAGUUGGCUUGCAAAAAUGUGGAGCUAUCAAUUUAGCUCAAACGCACGACAGAGUUAUUGCAUUGAAAAGAAGAAUCGCGUAUAAUCUUCCCACAGGUCUUUUCUGUGAAUUCAUUGAUGCAGAGCAGGUUAAGAAACUACACCCUCUAGUAAAUGUAGAUGAUAUUCAGGGAGCAGUGUAUGUACCGGAUGAUUGCAUUGCUGAUCCCGCAAAUGUACUCCAAGUGCUUGCGAGUCUCGCAAAGCAGAGCGGAGUAAAAUACUUCGAAGGAUGCGAAGUAAUGCAAGUUAAUACAAAAGGAGGCCGCGUUUACAGUGUCGAAACGGAUAUUGGAACUAUACAAUGUGAAUACUUCAUAAACUGCAGUGGAAUGUGGGCACGUGAGCUUGGGUUAAAAUGCAAGACACCUGUUUCCAUUCCUGCUUACCCAGCGCAACAUUUCUAUGGAUUUACCAAUAACUUGAAUCUCCCAAAAAAUCAUCUUCUACCCUGUUUGAGAGACUAUGAUUCUCAUCUCUAUGCAAGGCAAAUUGAAGGGGAAAUGCUAGUCGGUUGGUUUGAAAACGAAGCUAGACCAGCUUUUGAUAGUAUUAAGGAUAUCCCGAAAGAGUGGAAAACUCAUUUAGAUCAAAAUAUGACAAGUCACUGCUUGCCAUUGUGGGAAAAAGCCGUUGAUAGAAUACCAUUAUUGGGUAAAUUAGAUCAACCAAAAUUAUCUAAUAGCCCCGACACUUUCACACCCGAUGGUAGAUGGAUAUUCGGCGAAACCGCUGAAGUGAAGAAUUAUUACGUGGCUUGCGGUAUGAACGGUAAUCCAUUGCAAGGAUCCGGUGGCAUCGGUAAAGCGUUGGCCGAGUGGAUUGUCACAGGAACACCUACCAUCGAUAUGAUGCCGUUCAACAUACAACGUUUUCUGCAACUACACAACAACCGUCAGUACUUGCAGCAAAGAAUUAAAGAAGUUGUUGGCCGCCAGUAUGCCAUACUUUAUCCAAAUCAAAGCGAGUACACGUAUUCGCGGAAGCUAAGGUGCUCCCCGCUGUACAGUGUUUUGGAGCAGAGAGGAGCAGUGUUCGGAACGAAAAUGGCUUAUGAGCGAGCAUUGUACUUUGAUACGGACUAUAUAAGAGGUAAACCAUUGCCAACAAUGCCAAACGGAAGUUUUUACAAGCCAAAAUUUUUCAACUUCAUGGAAAAAGAAUACAUUGCAUGUGCGCAACACGUUGGCAUUAUAGACAUCUCAUCAUUUUCAAAAAUUGAAAUCAGACCUGGAGUCCAUAAAGAAGGUGGCAGAAACAAUGUUCUGGAUUAUUUGCAAAAAAUGUGUGCCAAUGAUGUUGAUAUUGAAAUAUCUCACAUUGUGCACACGGGCAUGCUUAACGAGAGAGGAGGCUACGAGAACGAUUGCAUGUUGAUUCGACAAAGGGAGGAUCAUUUCUUCAUGAUAUCGCCAUCUUCCCAACAGACCAGAAUAUACGAAUGGAUGUCUCGAAACUUGCCAAAGGACGCCAGUGUUGAACUAAACGACGUCACAUCUAUGUACACCGUACUCAACGUUGUUGGACCCAAAUCUACACAGUUGAUGAGUGAAUUGUCCAAUUCCAAUGUUAAAUUGCAACCCUUUACCUAUCGGAAGCUGAAUGUCGGCUAUGCUAGUGAUGUACUGAUCAUGACGUUUACACAUACGGGAAUGCCUGGCUAUUGCUUGUUUGUUCCUUCCGAGUAUGCAUUGCAUGUUUACGAUCGUCUGAUGGCUGUAGGGCGGGACUACGGUGUUCGUGACGUUGGAACGCUAACCCAAAGAUUUCUACGAAUUGACAAAUUUAUACCAUUCUGGGGUGAUGAACUAACGAGCAUGACUACUCCGUUUGAAGCUGGCGUCUUCUACUCGGUACGACUAGACAUCUCACAAUUAAAGAAAAAAGAAAACUUUCUUGGAAGAGCGGCGCUUGAACGACAGAAGCAAGAUGGCCUGACAAAACGGCUUGUACUGUUCCACGUGGAGGAUAUCGAUAUCGAUAAGGAUGUAUGGCCAUGGGGUGGCGAGCCGAUUUAUAGGAACAACGAAUUUUGUGGAACUGUUACUUCGGCAGGCUAUGGGUUUGCAUCACAAAAAUUAGUGUGCCUCGGAUACAUCAGUCGACCAUUGAGCGAUGAUUCUAGAAUUUUAACCAAUGAAUUCAUUAUGGACAAAAGCGCCGUAUAUCAUAUCGACAUCGCGGGAGGAAAGUUCCGGCUCACGCAACAUAUUCAUCCGAAGGCAACUACCAAUAAAUCCAUGGAGGAAAGUGAUCUGCCGAAAACAUAUCGGCCGACGGUGGUGAAAUUCAAGAAACAGUUUCAGGUCUGAAACACCAAUUAGCAUUGAAAGAAUGUCUAGUCUGUGUAGUAUUAGUCUGUCAAUAUUAUCCGGAUGUUCGGAUUGUUGAAGACAAUAAAUUGCCAUAUAAUUAGGAAUGGUACUUACCAUUAGUGUA